AUGUGCGGGGCGCCUUCGGGGCUGGGCACGGACACCCCGGCUCGACGCUCCCCCACAGCAGCUCCGGCAGGGCGGGCGCUGCAGGGCAGCACCGCCCCGGGCCGGCGGCCCCACGCAGGCGCCGUGCGGGUGGGGCGCGCCCCGCCGCCGCUGGGCUGGGCUGGGCCGGGCCGGGCAGGGCCGGGCAGGGCGGCAGCGGCCCCGCUGCCAACGCGGAGCAGCGCGGGCAGGGCGUCGAGAGUGGCUCCGGCAGCGACCCGCGGGAUUCCGCCCACUGCGCCAUCGCCGGGCCUGACGGGUGACUGGCUGCGCAACAGCUCCGUUCCCGGUGGAGAGGUUCCGUGGGUUUUGUCAAGCUGUGGCUUACAGACAACUACUUUGGCAACUAAAAUGGACGGCAAUGAUGGCAAGGCUGAACACCUAGAGUAUAUUGCCUUUGCUUUGGUUCCUAUUUUCUUCAUCAUGGGUCUCUUAGGGAUCCUUAUCUGCCAUAUCCUUAAGAAAAAGGGAUAUCGUUGUACAACAGAAGCUGAAGAAGUAGAAGAAGAAAAAAAUGAUGAAAAAAUAGAAAUGAAUGAAACUAUACAUGAGAAUAGUGACACUGUGGGACAAAUUGUUAACUACAUCAUGAAAAAUGAAGCAAAUGCUGAUGUGUUAAAGGCCAUGGUAGCAGAUAGCAGUGUCUUUGAACCUGAAAGCCCAUUAUCUCCUACCUCUCCUGAGAGUCCAGGGAGUCCAGGGACUCCUUUGUCACCGGGUGUUGUUCCAUUCAGACACAACUGCAAAGCCCAUCACUUCCAUACUGUUGGAGGAGUGGUAGAAAAGGAUGUUUGUACUCGCUGUAGUCACAAACGAUGGCACCUUAUAAAGCCAGCUCAAAAAUCGAAAGAGAACAGAAGAAGUCGUAUUGGAGAAGUUACAGUCCUUUCUGUGGGAAGAUUUCGAGUCACAAAAGUGGAUCACAAAUCAAACUCCAAAGAACGGAAAAGCUUGAUGUCCGUUACUGGCGUGGAGAGUGUCAAUGGUGAGAUGCCUGCCACACCUGCAAAACAGGAUGUGAGUGAAGCACCUGCCACACCUGUGAAACAGGACAUGCAAGAGAGAAGAAGCUCAGAGUAAAUUCAGGUGGAACUUUGAG